AUGAACAUCGUCGUCAAGGGCGCCCGCGUCCACAACCUCAAGAACGUCGACGUCGAGAUCCCCCGCGACAAACUCGUGGUGGUCACCGGGGUCUCCGGCUCGGGCAAAUCCUCGCUGGCCUUCGACACCGUCUAUGCCGAGGGCCAACGGCAUUACAUGCAGUCCCUGUCCACCUACGCGCGCCAGCUCUUGAAUCCGCUGGCCAGAGCCGAUGUGGAUUCCAUUCAGGGGCUUUCUCCGGCCAUCGCCGUGCCGCAACGCCGCUUCCACGAAAAACCCCCGGUCCACGGUGGGGACGCUGACCGAGAUCCAUGA